CCUCUCACUGUACAUGAUUGGCCGAUACCAAACCCGGAGAGAGGGUUUCCGGAAAAGAAGUGGCAGCUCUUUACGUUCUGUUAGAGGAAAGAUCCCCUUCCCCGGGACUGGAGAUUUGAGCCGCGGCAGCUGAAUUGUGCCAGUGGGACAGGCAGAGAUGACAGCGCGGGGGGAAACUCCUGAGGUGGAGACUCGAGAGGAUGAGGAGCAGAGUGUGAAACUGGCCGAGAUAUUAGAGCUGCUGGUGGCUGCUGGGUACUUCCGGGCUCGGAUUAAAGGGCUCUCCCCGUUUGAUAAGGUGGUUGGUGGAAUGACCUGGUGCAUCACUACCUGUAAUUUCGAUAUUGAUGUGGAUCUGCUGUUCCAAGAAAACUCUACGAUUGGACAAAAGAUAGCACUUACAGAGAAGAUUGUGUCUGUUCUGCCCAAAAUGAAAUGCCCACAUCGCCUGGAGCCACAUCAGAUACAGGGCCUGGAUUUUAUCCACAUUUUCCCUGUUAUCCAGUGGCUAGUAAAACGUGCCAUUGAGACCAGACAGGAAAUGGGUGAUUAUAUUCGUUCCUACUCAGUCUCCCAGUUCCAGAAGGAACACAGUCUGCCCGAGGACCAGGAAUUUGAGCAUCGAAGAGAGAAGGCAGUGAGGACUCUGAGUGAGACACUCGAUGUGUACAGACCCCGCAGGAAGUAUAAACGCCAGGGGGGCAGUGCAGAACUGAUGGAUGAAGAGUCACGUGUUCACUCUACGCUGCUGGAGUAUGGAAGAUCUGUUGCCCCCUUGGAGAGGUAUGGGCUCAGCAAGCAGAUGAAGCCUGAGAAGCCAGAAGAUCGAAAGGUACCAGUGCCCCAAGGCCUUGUGGGUAAAGGGGAAGUGAAGGAGGAGGAGGAGCUGCGGGCAGAGGAAGAGCUCCGGAUCAAGGCAUUAAUGACAGAGAUGGCAGCCAUGGGGAUGGAGGAGGGGCGCUUGACUGCCAGCACAGUGGGGCAGAUUGUGGGAUUGCAGUCGGACGAGAUAAAGCAGAUGGUGUCGGAAUAUGCUGAGAAGCAAUCAGAGCUUAGUGCAGAGGAUCGGCCAGAAUAUCUUGGAGCUGCUCAACAGCACCGCAGGAAGGUUGCCUCGCUGAACAAACAGAUUGGCCAAAGGAAGAAGCUGCUGGACCAGCUGCAGGAAAAAGCCUCUGAACUGCAGUCUGGGAGCUGUGAGGCCAAGAAGCAGCUGACAGAGGUUACAAGUCACAUGGAGAAUUUGGAGCAGGAGCUGUUAGUUCUGGAGAAAGUGGAGUCCAAAGCUGACCCGAGUGUAUUGCAGAAGCUGAGGGACCUGGUAGCACAGAAUGAGAGUCUAAAAUUGCAAGAACAACAGUUCCGUUCCAAGUGCCGCGAGGAAAUGUCUCGUCUGCAGCAGAAUAUCGAUAGUCUGAAAGCAGCAGCUACAGAACAUGGCGAGGAGAAGGAACAGUCGCAGGCCUUUGAACAGCAAUACAAGGCUGAAAAGGAAAAGCUACAGAAGAUUCGCCUCCUGUUGGCUCGGAGAAACCGAGAAAUUGCAAUUUUGCACCGUAAAAUUGACGAGGUUCCAAGCCGCGCAGAAUUAACGCAGUAUCAGAAGCGGUUUAUUGAGCUUUAUGGACAAGUGUCGGCCACACACAAGGAGACCAAGCAGUUCUUCACUCUGUACAACACUCUGGAUGAUAAGAAGGUUUAUCUGGAGAAAGAGGUGAAUCUACUGAACUCUGUCCAUGACAACUUCCAGCAAGCAAUGGCUUCGCCUAGCGUGCGGGACCAGUUCCUUCGGCAGAUGGAACAGAUUGUGGACGGGAUCCGGCAGAGUAGGAACAAGAUGGAGAAGAAGAAACAGGAGAACAAGAUGAAGAGGGACCAAUUGAAUGACGAGUACUUGGAGCUCCUUGAGAAGCAGAGACUGUAUUUCAAGACAGUCAAGGAAUUCAGAGAGGAAUGUCGUAGAAAUGAAACCCUAUUGACUAAGAUGAAGGGCCAGACUCCAUGAUGCAACUUGUUCGUUGGUGCCCUGGCGAGAUGCAGAUCAGUCACAAUUGUUUCGCUCUCAGAUCCACCCUCCAUCUAACUCUAUAUCUCAGUUUAUAUGUUGCUGUGACUUCUGUCAAUUCCUCUGCUACAAAUGGUUAAAGCAACAUGGGAAUAAACACUGCCUGCGUCCCAAUAGAAAUUGUUAGUGCAUUUUGGCCCCCUUCUACCGUGGCAGCAUCAGCCUCAACAUUCUCAUGGGAGAGACAUUGCUGGGAACAAACCAGUGAUAGAUGCAGGCUGCUGAGCAGUAUCAAUGGAUUUGCAUCUUGGUGUUAUUUCACUAUGUUUAGUACAAUAAAACAUCAUCCUUACUAAAGUAA